AUGAAUGACCCAAUUGUCAAAACAGUCUACUGUACUGGUAGUCCGUACGAAAUUGGAUUUACCCAUGGCAGCUCAGUCUCGGCAGAGGUGCACCACAACGUUGAUAUGUACACAUAUUUCUUCGGAGAAACAGCAAAGAUCACAUGGCAACAAGCAAGAGAGCGGGCCGUCACACGAUUUCUGCCCACCAUUGAGAGACAAUGGCCCGAGAUCAUUGACGAGAUGAGAGGUAUUGCCGAGGGUGCUGGCGGGGGUCUGACGCUGGAAGACAUCGUCACGCUCAACGUCCGCACUGAGAUCGCUUUCACAAACUACACCGACGGCUGUACUUCCCUUGGUCAGAGUGGUGGAGGCAAGAUGUUUCUCGCUCAGAACUGGGACAUGAUACCCGAGCUCCAGGAGGGGAUGGUACUGCUGCACAUCAAACCUCAGGGAUCCGAGAUUGCGCUGAGAUUUCUAGGCGAGGCUGGCAUCGUUGGCAAGAUUGGCAUGAACAGCGCAGGGUUUGGAUUGUGUAUGAAUGCUCUUCGUUCCGCAGCACUCAACCCCAGCAACAUGCCUGUGCACGUCAUGUCGCGGCGUCUGUUGCAAUAUGCCACCAGUUACGAUGCCGCCGUUGCAAUCAUCAGAGAAUUCGGCCUUGCCAGCUCGAUCAAUUACGUCCUUGCGGACAAAAGCGGCAAGUUUGCUGAUAUCGAAUGCUCGCCCGUGGGCACUUUCCUUAUCAGGCCUGAGAAUGGCUUUGUGGCACACUCGAACCAUUUUUAUGGCCUAGGUCGGCCAUCGACGCUAAAAGAUCAUCCUGCUGCUGACUCUCUUACGCGACUUGCGCGGAUACGCGAGCUGUCUGAAGAUGAUAUCCGUCACCAGGUGGACACAACCUUCAAAACUCUUAGGAGCAGACUUUCGGACGAGCAAGGAAGCCCGCCGGCUAUUUUUGACGAGCUGUACUGGGCAGGCUACGAUUGGGAGACCUUGUGA